CGCUUCGCUCGGACGCGCCCAAGAUGGCGCCCGGGAGCGGCCACAGCGUGACACCGCUCGGCGGAGCGUGAGGCGAGGAGGCGAUAGGCAGUCGCCUCACGUGAGGAGUUGAAAAGGGAAGAGCCGGGCUGUGUGGGACAGAGCUGCGGCGCUAGAAGGAGUUCAUCCACCAUGAAGAUGAGACAGCUCUUCCCUCCUGUUCUGCUCCUCGCACUUGUGCUGCUGGGGCACGGCGAUCAGUGCUCGGCUGUCCCUGCUCGGACCCAGAGAGAUGGAGUCAUUGUACUCUCUGUCCCUGAAGUGGUUUUGUUAGAAAAUGAGAGUUCAACAAAUGUCACGAUAUCUCUGAGGGCUCCAUUAAAUGAGACAUUGGUGAUAACUCUUAAUAUUACACAUUCAUCAAAACACAGCACCAUUGUUGAGCUACCAGAUGAAAUUCAGCUGCCUGCAGGUCACACUAAGGCAGGCUUUCAAGUGAAAGCAGAUGAUGUUGGACAAGUAACAGUUUAUCUUUAUACCAGUAAUUCCAACUUAACUGGACCUAGGAUUCAAUUUCAAGUGAUUCAUAGCAUCAUAGUGAAAUAUGCUGAUGAGGUGAUUGGAUGGAUCUAUUUCCUUGCUUGGUCUAUCUCCUUCUAUCCUCAACUGUUUGAGAACUGGCGACGAAAAAGUGUUGUUGGACUAAGCUUUGACUAUAUAGCACUAAACCUUACUGGCUUCAUAGCAUACAGUGUGUUUAACGUUGGACUCUUCUGGAUUCCCUUAAUUAAGGAAGAAUUCUUACUCAGUUACCCCAGUGGAGUGAACCCUGUGGCUAUCAAUGAUGUUUUCUUCAGUCUCCAUGCAGUAGCUCUAACACUGCUCACCAUUAUCCAGUGCUGUAUUUAUGAGCGAGCAGGUCAGAAAGUAUCCAAAACUGUUGUUGGACUACUGGCACUUGCAUGGAUUUUUACGUUUACAACGUUGUUUCUUGCUGCAGCUGAGGAGAUGACAUGGCUACAGUUCUUAUUCUGCUUCUCUUACAUUAAGUUAGCAGUGACACUGAUAAAAUAUUUUCCACAGGCAUAUAUGAAUUUCCGUCGGAAGAGUACAGAAGGAUGGAGCAUUGGAAAUGUAUUAUUAGAUUUCAUCGGUGGAAGCUUCAGCCUUCUGCAGAUGUUUUUGCAGUCAUACAACAAUGAUGAGUGGAAAUUGAUCUUUGGAGAUCCAACCAAAUUUGGCCUGGGUGUCUUCUCCAUCAUCUUCGAUAUUGUUUUUAUGGUUCAGCACUACUGCCUUUAUAGGAGAUGGGGGUAUGAACCUUGUGAAUGACAGCUCUGAACAUUAAGAACUGAACUUGCCUCUUCCUGGCCAAGGGAUUUGAAGAUGCCUACUACCAGUUAUCAGAAAUACUGAUUAUUUAUUCUGAUCUGUUUAUAUUUUAAUCUGCCCUGGUAUGGAAUACAAGCUGCCUUGCCAAAUACUUUAAAGGAUAUCAGGCUAUCUAGCCUCCACUUGCAGAUGGAAGACUCAUGCCUGUGGAACUAACAACAGGAAAGAAACCAAAACUGCAUUUUUUCAAUUGUGUACCACUCCCAAAGUUCUGGCUUCCAAAAAUGAGAUCAUAUUAAACCACUUAAGAUAUUAAUAACUAAAGGUGGUCUGUGGAUUUAAGCUCUGCUGCUGCUGACUCUUUGCAGACCAAACCACAGUAGAGCACCGCUCAGGAUGGCUGGCAACAGCAGUAGUGGUAACUGAAGGAGUAAUGAAGUUGCUAGGGGAAUAACUAAAAAAAAAAAAAAAAAAAACAAAAAAAGACAACUACAGCUGUUAGAACUUUUUCUCUAGGAGGAAAAAAAAAAAAGCACUGAUAAUAAGAAACUGUAUUCCUAGCUCACUUAAGCCUCUUUCAAAGGUGCUAAGACAAAUGCACUAACUUAACUCUGCUUGGUUCCACUGACAUGCCUUGAAUUCUAAACUGUGGAUGGUAAUGAUUAGACUGUCAAAGGUGUUGUUUUGAAGUGGAUCAUGUCAAUUAACAGCCCACUAAUUAAAGGUAUCAAACACAUUUUUGUUCUGUGCAACUUUCCAAGUAUGUGUUGUGUGUUCCAGGAAAUUGCUACAAAAACCCAACAAUGAAAUCAGAACUUGCUAACCUUGACUGCAUUGUAAUGAUGUAGUCCAAAAUCUGUCAUUUGAAGGCAGAAAUGAUGUCUCAGCUGGAAGCAGUUGAGUGAUAUGGCAUUAUUAAAUGUAAGGAGAAACAACUCA